GGUACAACUGGCAACUGAACGCAGACUUCUACUUCCACUCCACCAUACACGUCACAACUGUUGCUUCUCUCUUCCUUGACACACGUCACACACGUGUUCCUUCCAUCCUGACAUCACACAUCAUUUACAUAACUAUUCUUUAGAACCUGCGCUCGGUUUCCAGAUAGUAUCAGAGAGUAAGCUUGUGGAAGAGCAUCACACCGCGUCUGCAAGCACAACUAGAAGAUGGGUAAUCAGAAGUCUGAAUGCUUCUACGCGCGGAGGGUGUGGCUGCUGGUGUUGAUAGCGCUUGUUGUACAGCAGUCAACCGCACGCUUCAUUGAGGACGACUGUCCCGGAGUAGUGGGUAACAGAAACGUACACAGCAUGGUGAUGAGAGUAUGUGAAGAUUGCUAUAACGUCUUCAGGCAUCCUGAAGUAGCUGUCGGGUGUAGGAGGGCCUGCUUCUCCAGUAAGAUGUUCAAGUCUUGUCUCUCGGCUCUGCAGCGUGAGGAAGAGUACCCAGACUUCUUGAGAUUAAUUGGCAUUCUCAACGCCGGACGAAAGUGAAAAUCUCCCUGCCAUCUGCCCCAUUCUCAUACAUUGAUUCAGGAUGCUUUUGAAGUCACAUGCGACAAACUCCGUUCCAUUGAUGUCAACUGGUUGACCAUCAAUGAUCACUCUGCACCAGGAAAUAUUGAUGAACGCAUUAGUGCAUCAGUACUACUGUAUUUGCUAUUCCCACUUAGCCAUAUUUAUUAAAGUGUGUGUGUGUGUGUGUAUGUGUGUGUGUGUGUGUGUGUGUGUGUGUGUGUGUGUGUGUGUGUGUGUGUGUGUGUGUGUGUGUGUGUGUGCGUGUGAGGAUAUGGAUUCAGAUGUAUGGUUCAAGACCGGAUUUAUUGUUUACUUGCCUCGUGGGCACUAUCAUACCUAUUCUCAAAGCUUUGUGUAUGUGUGUACUCUAGCUAUAAUCACCAAGCUGUGAUGGGGGUUGAGCUCCAGCUCCUGAGCCCGCCUUUGAACCUUCACUUGACUUGUGUAGUAGGCUCCUUGCCCCUUGUGUUCAGUUACAACCGUCUUUUAAAUCCACGUGAGGAUUUAAACUUAGCCACGACAACACUGUACUGAAACCAGUUUGUGUGUGUGUGUGUGUGUGUGUGUGUGUGUGUGUGUGUGUGUGUGUGUGUGUGUGUGUGUGUGUGUGUGUGUGUGUGUGUGUAUGUGCGUGUGUGUGUGUAUGUGUGUGUUUACGGUCACUCGAAAAUUCUUCAAUUAUUUACUAAUGUUUAGAAUUCUUUUACAAUUAUUUCCACACUAUAGUUAUUUUUAUAUUAUUUAAAUUCCUGAUCAUAGUUAAGUUUUUAAAGAAAUACCCACAAAAAUUACCAAAAAAAUAGAAUCAUUCUAGUCAACACAAACCAAAGAGAAGACAGCGCUAAGCCCUGGAGUCAGUAUGGACGGAACGCAUGAAGAUUCGCACACUAUUAAGACCCUUGACUGCAUAUGUGAGAGAAAUCAUUGCCAAUUAUUGACAAACGAAGAUGAAAAUACGUAGAGAUAAAUAGUAUAUAAUACCGACACGAUUGGAAAAAAGUCUUCUGAAUCUAUGUUUAUUUUUCCAAUGAAAAUAAACAUUUAUUGAAACAACUUUCCAAGGAAAUAUGUAUUGUUUUGAUCUUCAUUAAAUAAAUCAGUUCCAGCUCAUUGAUAAAUUAAUUGAGCCUUGAUACAGUGAAGAAUAAAAAACACAAUAUCCAUAGUUGGAAUUAUUCUAAACUAUCACACAAAGUCAGACUACUUUUCGGUUUGUCCUCGACCAUCUUGAAUCUGAUCAAGGUCCGAGUCUGACCAAGAUAUUUGAAGUACGAUAAUCUAAUUCCGUGCUGGUAAUAAAUGGUAGCUCAAGUUAAUAUGGUUUAUAACUAUUCAUGUGUCACAGUUAGUGUGGAAUUGGCAAGAACAAGCCAAUUUGAAUCCCCAGGAGGCAAUUUAUUUUCAGUCUGAGAUCAAUAUAAAGUGAAAAAUAAAGGCAAGAUUUUAUAAUGCAUAAUAUAAGACCGCCUUUUGAUAUGGCCAAUACUCCAGUAUUGGCCAUAUCUUAGGUACAUACUCCAGUAUGUACCUAAGAAGGAAUUUAUUUUGAUCUUAAAAAAGGAUAUUUAAUCUUGAAACUCAAAACUCUCCGUCAUUGUUGUGUAAAAGUCACCUUUAAGAACACAAAUUUUCCAAGAAUACUUGAUGUAAUUUCCUUCAGAAAUUGUCAUAGAAAGUUUUCACUGAUAAAUUAAAUUAUUUAUUCAUUUAUUAUAUUUGUAGACGUAUAUAUGUACGAAAAAAAUGUUAUAUUUCAAAACAAACAAAACGGAUAAUUACAUAUUGUGAUUAUUGUUUAGAUAUUGGAAUUUAUGAAUUUAAAUAGCUUAGAGAACCCAAUGAUUAGUAUACUGUGGAGAGCCUAAAGAAUUUUCUGUUUUUGAGUCAGUUGUUAAGUAUACUGUAUGGAGCCUUUUGCUUUGUAUACUUUAGAAAGCGAAGUGAUCUGGAUACCGUGGAGAGAGUAUGGAGUAUAUUAUACUCGAGACACUUUGGAUUUGGAUGAACAAUUAGCAGAUAAAUAACUCUUGAAUUUUAAUAAUAUUGCUUAUAGAGCGAUUCUAAGUGUAUACCUAUUUGGGUUUACUUAACCUGUGAAUCUUUA